AUGAGAUUGGAUUUUUUGUUGGAUAUACUGAAGAGUAAAAAGGCUACCGAAUUUGGAAAUUGGACAACAAUGGAAAUUCAAGUGGAAAUUCACAGAGAUGUUGUUUUUAUUCCAGAGGAUGGAGAGCAUAAUAAUGACAAAUAUAGGAAUGAGAAAGAUAAUGAACUUCUUUCUCUAAAUCUUGAUCUCGAUGCUGAUCCUGAGCCUGAUAUUGAUCCAGAACUUGAAAAUAUUCAUGAACCAGAGAAUGACUUAUCCGAUAUUAAUUUUGAUAACUCAAAUGAAAUCAGAGAAAGUACUUUAGAAGAAAAAAUAGGUAGAAGACCAGGAAGAAGAGAAAUGAGAAAACCGAAGAAAUACGAGGACUACGAAAUUAAUUUUGUAGCUAUUCAUAAAAGUGAAGAACCUACAAAUUACGAGGAAGCUAUGGCAAGUAACGAUUCAGAAAAAUGGAAGCAUGCGAUGGAAGAAGGGAAGAAAGCAUUGGAAGAAAAUGAAACAUGGUACGCGGACGAAAGUGUCAGUGAUAGUGAGGUCAUUGAGUGCAAGUGGGUUUACAGAAAGAAAAGAGACGAAAAAGGACAAAUAGUAAGUUUGCCCUCUUAG